GUUUGGAAGAGUGACAACGAAAACUGGCAGAAACUUGUUCUGUGGGACAGUGGGAGACAAUGUCGCAACUAAAAACCUCUUAUUCCUAUGAUGCUCCCUCGGACUUCAUUAAUUUUACAUCUUUGGUUGAUGAAGAAGAUACAGAAAACAUAGAUUCUUGGUUUGAUGAGAAGGCCAAUUUGGAGAAUAAGUUUCCGGGGAAGAAUUGUCCAACAGGAUUUCCUCAGAAAACUCCUUUGAGAAAGACUAAUCUCCAGCAAGCUAUUGUUACUCCUUUGAGAACAAUUGACAAUACUUACAAAGAGACUGAAAAAGAAAAUCUGGUGGAACAGUCCAUUUCAUUAAAUUCUCGUUCUUUCCCAGAAGUCAAGGGAACUAAGACUAGAAGUACUCCAAACCAACCUCAGAGAAGAUCUAUUAGACUCUCUGCUCAGAAGAAUUUGGAGCAGAAAGAAAAGCAAGAUGUUAAAAUGAAAGCCAAGAGAUGUGCUACUCCUGUAAUCCAUGAAAUUCCACCCUCCAAGAAAAUGAGAGUGCAGAAAAUUCUAAAAAGUACUGAGGAGCAAGAGUUGGAGAAGAGAAUGAAGAUGCAGCAGGAGGUGAUGGAGAUGCGGAAAAAGAAUGAAGAAUUCAAGAAAAUUGCUCUUGCGGGAACAGGACAUUCCUUGAAGAAGUCAGUGAGCCAAGUAACCAAAGUAGUAGACUUCCAUUUUCGCACAGAUGAGCGAAUUAAACAGCGCCCCAAGAACCAGGAAGAAUAUAAGGAAAUAAACUUUACAUCGGAGCUACGAAAGCAUCCUUCGUCUCCUGCUCAAGUAUCCAGAGGAUGCACCAUAAUUAAGCCUUUCAACCUGUCCCAUGGAAAGAAAAGAACAUUUGAUGAAACAGCUUCUACAUAUGUGCCCCUUGCACAGCAGGUUGAAGCCUUCUGUAAAGGAACCAUUAACAGAUACCACUUAAGGAGCAAAAAGGAAGAUAUUGUUCUGUUGCCUUCUAAACCUGCUGUGGCCAAGAUCUCCAGAGACCCACAGACCCCCGUACUGCAAACUAAACAUCGUGCAAGGCCUGUGACCUACAAAAGCGCAGCAGAUCAGGAGGCUGAGGAACUUGAGAAACUACAACAAUAUAAAUUCAAAGCACGGGAACUUGAUCCCAGGAUUCUUGAAAGUGGGCCCAUCUUGCCUAAAAAGCCACCGGUGAAACCACCCACCCAGCCUAUUGGCUUUGAUUUAGAAAUUGAGAAAAGAAUCCAGGAACGAGAGUCAAAGAAGAAAUCAGAGGAUGAACAUUUUGAAUUUCAUUCCAGACCAUGCCCCUCUAAGAUCUUGGAAGAUGUUGUGGGUGUUCCUGAAAAGAAAAUCCUUCCAAUCACAGUUCCCAAGUCACCAGCCUUUUCACUGAAGAACAGAAUCCGAAUGCCCACUAAAGAAGUUGAAGAAGAAGAGGAGCCAGUAAUAAGAGCUCAACCUGUGCCUCAUUAUGGGGUGCCUUUUAAACCCCAAAUUCCAGAGGCAAGAACUGUGGAAAUGUGCCCUUUCUCUUUUGAUUCUCGAGACAAGGAACGUCAGUUACAGAAGGAGAAGAAAAUUAAAGAAUUGCAAAAAGGGGAGGAGAUGCCCAAGUUCAAGGCACUUCCUGUGCCUCAUUUUGACACUGUUAAUCUACCAGAGAAAAAGGUGAAGAACGCGACCCAGAUUGAGCCUUUCUCCCUGGAGACAGACAAAAGGGGUGCUCUGAAGGCACAGACUUGGAAACAUCAGCUGGAAGAAGAGCUGAAACAGCAGAAAGAAGCAACUUGCUUCAAGGCUCGACCAAACAACGUCACCUCCCAGGAGCCCUUUGUUCCCAAGAAAGAAAGAAAAAACCUUUCUGAGGGCCUUUCUGGUUCUCUAGUUCAGGAACCAUUUCAGCUGGCCACUGAGAGGAGAGCUAAGGAGUGGCAGGAACUGGAGAAGAAAAUGGCAGAGGUCGAAGCCAAAAAAGCCCAGGAGUUGGAGGAGGCCAGACAACAGGAAGAAGAGCAAGAGAAGGAAGAGCUGGCGAGGAUACGGAGAGCAAUGGUGCACAAAGCUAAUCCAAUACGAAAGUACCAGGGUGUGGAAAUAAAGUCAAGUGACCAGCCUCUGACUGUGCCUGUGUCUCCCAAGUUCUCUACUCGAUUCCAGUGCUAAACCCACUGUGAGCUGCAGACACUAUCUGGAAGCAGGAGCUGCUUUUCACAUCCUAUCUGAAGCUUUCAACAUUACCCUGCGUGAAGAGCUCAUUUCUACAAACUUACCUGCAUGACCAGUGGAGCAUCAGUGACAACUCUG